AUGGCUCAGGAGAGGGCCCGGGGAUCCCGGUGCCGGGAGGGAGAGGGCCCAGGAUCCCGGUGCUGGGGAGUGCAGGGGCCUGGGCGCGGCUGGGCAGAGGGGCUUGGGGUGUCGUCGGGGCCUUUCCUGCUCCCCAUCUCCUCCCGCGGCUACACAGGCACCACGGAGCUGACGGGCAGCACCAACCUGAUCACACACUAUAACCUGGAGCACGCCUACAACAAGUUCUGCGGGAAGAAGGUGAAGGAGAAGCUCAGCAACUUCCUCCCCGACCUGCCCGGCAUGAUCGACCUGCCCGGCUCCCACGACAGCAGCAGCCUGCGCUCGCUCAUCGAGAAGCCGCCCAUCUGCGGCAGCUCCUUCACCCCGCUCACGGGUGCCAUGCUGACUGGGUUCCGCCUGCACGCCGGCCCGCUGCCCGAGCAGUGCCGGCUGAUGCACAUCCAGCCGCCUAAGAAGAAGAACAAGCACAAGCACAAACAGAGCCGCACGCAGGACCCUGUCCCCCCAGAAACCCCCUCGGACUCCGACCACAAGAAGAAAAAGAAGAAAAAAGAGGAAGAUCCAGAGCGGAAGAGAAAGAAGAAAGAGAAGAAGAAAAAGAAGGCUCUGUCUUUCCUCUGCAGAACCGGCACAGCCCAGAGCACCCGGGGGUGGGCAGCUCCCAGGCCAGCAGCAGCUUGCGGUGAGGCCACGCCGGUGACGCCCCAGGGAUCCCGUGGGAACAGCCCCAGCCGACCCCAGGGACGCUGGGGCUGGCCUGUGCCCCUGGCUAAGAGGACACCCCUGCAGUCCCCCAGGACCAGGGGCACAAACUCUGUGGGUGCUGACCUCGGGCUUUUGUACCUGAAGAACCUGGAGCAUCAAAGCCUCUUUUUUAGUGACCUUUUAAAGUCUGCUCUGAGCAGGGGCUGGUGGCCGUGCCUGCCGUGACCCUCGGCUGUCACGGAGGAGCCCAAACCAAGGUAUCCCUGGAGUGUGCAGGGUGCCCUCCUUUGGAUCCCAAACCUCACCAGCACCCACAACACCUUCCCUGGAGCCACUUUUCCCAUGCCUGGAAAAUCCUUACCUUUUGUGGGGGCAGAGUUUGCGCAAACACAGCUCAAAGUGGUGCCUCCCCAAAACUGGGCCAGGCUCAGCUCUUAGCAGAGCCCCUUCUCUCUCUCCCUUGGGAUCGGGGGAUAAGGCCGAGACCCUGAGGAUCAGGAGCCCUGGAGGGGCUGCUCCAUCCCUGGACGCCAAACAAAGCACACGCACGGCCCCGGGGUGGCUCAUUAAAUAUCCUUUUAUUCCUUGUUUUUAAAAUGGCUGAUAAUAAUAAAAAACCCUGGCGUGGCUGUGCGGGGCCACGGGAGCUAUUGCCGUAGAGAAAGAGUCCAGUAGUGCCGGCAGGGCUUUGGGGACGGGGAGCACGAGGCUCCUUGGCUGCGCUUUUUUGGCAUGUGAUGAGAAAAUAUUGCUUUCCGGGGAUGCACCUGCCUCUUCCCCGAGCGAGCGGAAAUAAAAACACCCCUGCGACAGCGAGAAACCUCCUCGGAAUCAUUAACAGAAAUAAAAAAAGGCAACAAAACCAACAACCCCCCCGACCACAGCCCCUGGGGAAAGAGAACAAAGAGCAAAAACUGCGGGUGCGGGACGCUGGGGCCUCUGCGCCAGCUUGGGCUGGGGGUGUGGGGGAUGCUGCCCCCACGCUGGGCCCCCCCACGGGGCCUGGAGGCUGCAGACACCACAGAUCAGGGAGGGGAGUGUCCGAGGAUGGGUACCCGGCACCCCCUGGCCCCCUUCAGGAAGGGAGCAGUGACACCCAGCACCUACCACAGCUCCUCCCAUGGGUGCAGGAGGCAGCCCCACGUCCCUCCUUUGGGGACAGGGACAAGGUGGGGGUGCCCAGGCCCUGAGCAGGGUAGUUUCUUCCUCUCUCUGGGUAAGAUAUAUAAUUUCUGCUUCUUUUU